AUGGUUGCAGCAGGUGCAGCGAAGCCGAUGGUCGGUUCAGGUUCGUCGGGCGAGCAGACGAAGCAGAAUCGUGUGAUGGAUGGAGCCAGCCGAAUGAAGGGGACUCGGGGAUUUGCAGUCGAUGCCGCCGUUCUCUUGGUUACUGGGUUGGAAAACCCAGAGGAAUGGGAUAGGAGAGGAGGAAACCCCCGGAGUUAUGUUGAAUGUACUCGACGACAACCGCAACCACAACCGCAACCGCAGCCACAACCACGAAUAGACGGGGAUAUACUGGUCGGUACCAAGAGGGGGGUUGAGGAACGGACCUCUACCAAAAAGCGAACGGUUCGCCAUUUCGAGCCGGGAGCCGGGGUCGAGAAGCGCCCCGCAUCCCAAGGAUUCGACGCGGCCCAAUGUACAAGGUGCGCAAGUACGAAUACUUUCUACAAGAAUGACAGACGCACCCAGCACUGGUACUGGUACUGGUGCAGCAAGACGGUCGAGCCAUGGUGCUGGGACAUUUAUGAGGGGAAACACAAGCAACACAACGUUUCUUUCCAGAGCCGAAAGUCGGAAUGGCAACAUUUACUCAUCGACAGCUCGUCGUCAGAAAUAGACGGACGAAAGGAACGAGGACAGUGGAGGGAGACGAUGCAUCCUACCAAUGAGAGCCGUGCUUGUUGUCCCAAUCCCUUGGGAACACGCACCCUCCAUCACUCCUUCACUGCAGUUUUCCAGGCAAACUUUGGUCACACCUCGACUCUGAUUCGUUGCCACAAUCCAAUCAGAUACCUGCCGAGUCAGCUGGGUCGCUGGGCUGCAGCCCAAACUUCGUUGAAGACGAACGGUAUUUUCCGUGGCACAGACAUGCCCCCGAACCGCCACCCUCUUAACCCUUCUCGGGAAGCAGCCUUGGCUUUUAGUCUCCAGUCCACCCCCCGGCUUACGAUAUCCCGAAGCGAAGCGAAGGCAUCUAUCCAAUCCAAAUACCCAGUCAGCUGGUCUCUCCACCAGCCGUCUUGCCUGUCCUGUCCUGUCCUGUCCUGUCCUGCCCUGCACUGCACUGCGCUGCCCUUCCCUGUCCCUGUCUCGCCCGACCAGUGCUCAAUGGGGCAGGCCAGCCAUGGAGUGAGCGCCUGCCUUGACGCGUCGUCCUUGCCUGCGGAGUGCGGAGUUCGGACUGCGUACCGCGGACAUACGAAGUGUGGACAUUUCGGUACGAAACAGUGGUGA